AUGGUGAGCAGGGGGCAGGGGCUGAAGCUGGGCCGGCAGCGUGAGGCUGCUAAGAGCAUCCAGAGCCUGAAUGAAAGCCUCCUGGAGCUACUGCAGGAUGCAGACACGGACGCGGUUGAGAUGACUCUCACUGUGUUCAUCAAUGUGCUGGGCUUGAAAAUCAUCCAAAUAUCCAGCCCAAUAGCCCUGAAGUUGCUUGAGGCGCUGCGGCCACUCUUUGACAACGAAACUUGGGGCCCAGUGUCUUUUCAGGCCUGUGCCCCGGUGGGCCUGGAGAAGCCAGUGCUGAGGUCUUUUCCUCUUCCUUUGCACCAGGAGCACAGCCAGCUGCAGCAGCUCUCCAUGCUCCUCUUCCGGGAGCUGAUGGAAGCGACAGAGAGGAGCAAGAGCCUAAAGCCACACGUGUACCUGAGUCUGGUGCCAUUCUACUUCAACUGGCACAAUGAGAACCAGCGUGUGGCAGAGGCCUCUCGGAGAGCACUGUUUGGUGCAGCCAGGUUCCUGAAGUGGAGGGAUCUUGAGAACUUGGUGACCAUGGAGCAGCCAUGGAGGUUUCCCGAGUGCCUGCUGGAAAAGGACAGGAGCCGAGUGGGCCAGUACGUGCGCCAGGCCCUGCCGUUCCUGGAGAGCCCAGAGGAGCCCCUGCGAAAGCUGGCCAUCAAGUUUCUGGGGAUCGCCGCCAGGUCCAUGAAGCAGGAGCAGCCAGAGCUGCAGCUCAUCUGCCAGGCCCUUCAAGACAUGACUGAUGACAGCCCUGCCGUCUCAAACCUGGCCCAGGAAACGCUCCACAUCAUCAGAGCUGUACGGAGAACUUCAUUCUUCCCAUUCUGGUAGUCUCCGUUCCUGCCUCUUCCAGCCCAUAGAGGCAUGACAGAAGACAUCAGACUCGCCAUGGCAGGCCUGGCAAUUCAACACUGCUACGUGCCAAGUGCUGUACAGAUGGCUCCCUACUGCAGAUUCCAGCAGCUCCAAGACUGGCUGUGCAGAGCAUGGCAGACCCGGCCUUUUCCGCAGGGCAGUGUCUGCCUGUGCUGCUGCAGCUCUGUGGAGAACUGAUGCAGGAAGCUCCAUCUCCUGGGGCCACCUGAGCCUGUGGGGAAGAUGCCUCUUCCCUGCAAGCACCUCCUUUGAGCUCAGCAUGGGAAUAUUACAUCCAUGUUAUCACAUACAGAA